GCUGGCUGCAACAUCACAGUCGCAUCUGAACCUUCAUCAUGAGCAUCAGCACAUUCAACUUCCAGUUCUACAACUACAAGCUGAGUCCUUCGUCGCCGGGCUUUGGCAGUUCGGCCUCCCGUUCCUCCUCCUCAUUUAUCAGCGAACUGGAAAUGGACAUUGACGAGGACAUGUCGGCGGUAACCAGGCCAACAAUCACGUCCACGCCCAAGCCGCGUUUUACCAGCCAACUGGCCGUGGAAUUGGCCAAAACGGAGCCCGGUAAUGGCAUUUCCCCGCUGCGACCCAAAUUGCACACGGCCCAAAAGCGCUGGUCCAUGGAGUUGAGGGAGAAAGUGCUGGAAAUGUCCAAGCGAAAUAAUGGCCAGGAGAAACAGCAGACCACAGGAAAGCAGGAGCAACUGCAACAGGAGCAACAUGAGCAACUGCAACAUGUGCAACAUGAGCAACUGCAACAGGAGCAACUGCAACAUGUGCAACAUGAACAAGAACCCACUGUCACCGACAAAAUCAACUUCUUCAACAAGCUGACCAACACCUUUGAGUCGGGCUUUAACAAACUGCUGCCACCAAGUGGCACCAGCAGCAAUCGCUUUAUAGCCAUGUUGCGCUCCACCCGUCCACAAAAUAUUGCCACCACCACCAAUAGCAGCACUUCCAACAGUUUCCUGGGCAGCAAUCCUAGUCUCAGUGGUGCGGUGACCGGUCAAGUGCCACCACCCAAGCCCAAAAGACUAGCGGCCACCACUGCCCAGUUUGCCACGCCCCUUUCCCCUGGAAUGGGCGUGGGAAAGGGGGGCAGCCAGCGGAAAUGCUCCCUGCGUCGCAAACCCUCAAUGGACAAGUCCAGGGCCACCAUUUCGAGGCAGAAUUCCAGUGCCUCGGUGAGAACCCAGAACCACGCCAUCAUGGAGGACCUCAGUCUGGUGGUUCCCGUUCGAUUGCGCAUCGCCGAGUACGAGCAGCGAAUCUCGAUGAGCGCCUGAGUUCAAGGAUCCCAAAUACAAUAACUUAAACACCCUAAUUAACGUAAUUGUAAGUUCCCAAGGAUAGCCUCUACUUUAACCAUAAGUUAGCCUAAGCUUUAAAAGACAAUUUUUAUAGACAAUUCAAAUAUACAAUAUCUGAAGCAAGAAA